AUGGAAAAAUCCAUGGAUGAAGGGAAAGGGGAGGGGCGGGAGAGAGGGAGGGAGGGAGGGAGGGAGGGAGGGAGGGAGGGAGGGAGGGAGGGAGGGAGGGAGGGAGGGGCGGAAGGAGGGAGGGAGGGGCGGAGGGAGGGAGGGAGGGGCGGAGGGAGGGAGGGAGGGGCGGAGGGAGGGAGGGAGGGGCGGAGGGGCGGAGGGAGGGAGGGAGGGAGGGAGGGAGGGAGGGAGGGAGGGAGGGAGGGAGGGAGGGAGGGAGGGAGGGAGGGAGGGAGGGAGGGAGGGAGGGAGGGAGGGAGGGAGGGAGAGAGGGGCGGAGGGAGGGGCGGAGGGAGGGGCGGAGGGAGGGAGGGAGGGAGGGAGGGAGGGAGUGAGGGAGGGAGGGAGGGAGGGAGGGAGGGAGGGAGGGAGGGAGGGAGGGAGGGAGGGGCGGAGGGAGGGGCGGAGGGAGGGGCGGAGGGAGGGAGGGAGGGAGGGAGGGAGGGAGGGAGGGAGGGAGGGAGGGAGGGAGGGAGGGAGGGAGGGGCGGAGGGAGGGGCGGAGGGAGGGGCGGAGGGAGGGGCGGAGGGAGGGAGGGAGGGAGGGAGGGAGGGAGGGAGGGAGGGAGGGAGGGAGGGAGGGAGGGAGGGAGGGAGGGAGGGAGGGAGGGAGGGAGGGAGGGAGGGGCGGAGGGAGGGAGGGAGGGGCGGAGGGAGGGAGGGAGGGGCGGAGGGGCGGAGGGAGGGAGGGAGGGAGGGAGGGAGGGAGGGAGGGAGGGAGGGAGGGAGGGUCACGAGGGGCAUAGAAAGAGCUUACAACUGUUUGAGGGAGGUUAGGGAGUAG